GGAACGCGGCCUAGCUGGUUGUUUUGAAGCCUGCGUGGGAGUGAUUUCCGGAAUUCUGUGUGAAACCAUUGGGGGAAAUAAACACCGAGUCCUGAGAUCGGGAGAGCCGUCCGGGUGCUGCCAUGGCCUCGGUGCUGCGGUGGUUUGUGGGCAGCCGGGAGCCGCACGGCGUGGGGGAGAAAUCUUCAGUAUUAAAUAUUGGGGAAGAACAGACCCAAAACCCGUAUACAGAGCUUUCGCCUUUACAAGUACACCAGGAUAUUGUUCGUUUCUUGGUUCAAAUAGAUGAUUUUAGGUUUGCCUCAGCUGGCGAUGAUGGUUCUGUCUUUGUGUGGGAUGUCCAGACAGGAGAGAUCCUUUUUGCACUAAACGGACAUCUGCAAAAGAUUACGGCUGUGGUUGUGUUUCGAACUCCUGAAGUCUCAGAAGGAAAACAUAAUAUCAUUCUCACUGCUUCCUCUGAUAAAAGCGUCAUUGCUUGGGACUGUGAAAGUGGACAGCAACUGCACAAAAUCUCCGACUUCCAGUCUACUGUAAGGACUCUGACCGUUAUCCAUAGCCUGGAUGUGUGGCUUUCUGGUGGAAGUGAGGUGCAUGUAUGGAAUCGAAAUUUCAACCUCUUGUGCAAGACUGGAUACUAUGUGGACGGUGGUGUCAGUGCAUUGAUUGAACUGCCUAAAAACUGUGUGGCUGCAGCGAUUGGCAAAGACCUGAUAAUAUUUAACGUGAGCGCUGUCUCCGAAAAAUCUGAUCGAUGGGACAUUUCUGAAGUCAAAAUUCUGUCUGUCCACCAAGACAGUAUUCGAGCGCUGCUAAGCGUUAAUGACUGUAUGUUUGUGAGUGGAUCUGAUGCAGGAGAACUUAUUGUUUGGGAUGCUGUAGACUGGACCAUUCAAGCUUUUGAACGUAAAAUCUCAGCCAUCUCUUCACUGCAAGAGGCACCUCAAGAAGGCAAACUGACUGCUGAGAAAAAGACUGCCAUUCAGCAUGUUUCAUGUGAUGGAGAGUGCGUUUUUGCUGCUGUGGGAGAAAGUAUCUAUGUCUACAAUGUCCAAGAGAAGCGAGUGAUUGCUUUCCAAGUAAAUGCCCAUGACUCCAACAUACAGCACUUGGCGAAUUUACCAAACAGACAGGUAGUUUCUUGUUCAGAAGACGGCAGCGUUCGAAUUUGGGAGUUACGGUCUAAACCAGAGCUUUAUGCUGAGCCUGUUCCAACCGGUUUUUUUGGUUUGUUGGGAUUUGGCAAAGCGAGCAAGCAAGCGAGCCAGGCAGCGAAGAAAAUACAAGACAGUGGUGUAGUAGCUUCACUGGAUCUUAUUGGUGACCUGAUUGGUCAUUCUGCUUCUGUACAGAUGUUUCUGUACUUUAAUGAUCACAGUCUAGUUACCUGUUCUGCAGACCAGCUCGUCAUAAUAUGGAAAGAAGGAAAGACAGAGUCCAGACUGCGUAGUUUGUUGCUUUUCAAAAAACUGGAUGAAAACAAUGGCUUACAGCCACGAUUUGCUCUGAGCUAAAAUCCAGCAUCUGCCAAGAGUUUAAUUGCUGUAUUAUAAUGAAAUAUAUUUCAUGGAAAUCAUGCUGCAUAUGCUAUUACAAUUCUAAAGGUGUUUUUAUUUCUUUUAUUUUCAUGAUUAUUUUUUUAAAUCUGGUCGUGCCAUUACCAGAUAUUGUGUUUAGUUUUUGUUUUGUGCUUUUUAUUUUAAUGUAUUUAAAGAAGAAAAAAAAAAGGAACUUUUCAGUCAAAAAAAAAAUAUUAUGAAGAUUUUAUUUGUUUAAAUUUUUAUUUUUUAGCAUUUUCUUAACGUUGUCUUCAGCCUCUCAUCUCUCGGUAAUGACGGCACUAAAUUGUUUCGUAACGAGAUACACAAGGAAUUAUGUUAUUUCUGAAAUGAUUUGUGCUAUUAAAAAAGAACGAUACCCGU